AUGACGGAUUACAAUGCGCUCAAGGUCCCGGAGCUCAAGGCCAUCCUGGGCCAGCGAAAGCUCCCGCAGACAGGAAACAAGCAAGCGCUAAUUGCGCGACUACAAGAGGAUGACGACAAGGCCGCCGCUGGUGGCGAGGAGGCCAAGCCAGGUGAGUUUUUGUUUUCCCCGUGUAUCCCCCCUACCGUGGCCCUGGCUAUAAACAAGGCCAAGGCACCGUCAGAAGUACGGCUUUGCCAACAAAAAAAAACCUCGCCAGAAGCCGCCAAGCAGGACGAAAUCACCUACAGCGACGACGAGCCCGGCGCAUCCAAGCCCGCUGCAGAGAAGCCCGCCGCCGCAACGGAGCCAAAGCCCCAAGAGCCAGCCAAGGAGGAGGAGGUUCCGGCUCCCACCGACGCCGCGGCCGCCGCCGAAAAGACGGAUGCCGCCGAGCCCGCCGAGCCCGCCGAGCCCGCGCCAUCGUAUGCCAUUGGCCUCGCGUCAACCGCCGCCGACGAGGAAGCCAGGAAGCGCGCGGAGCGAGCCAAGCGGUUCGGCAUCGAAGAGGACGAGGAUGCCAAGAGGCGCGCAGACCGCGCGAAGCGCUUCGGCCUCGACCAGAACGAGCUCUCUUCCAGUCUGGACUCGGCGCUGCCGGAACGACGCCUGAAGCGCGGCCGCGGCCGCGACGGCGACAACCGCCCCGCGAAGCGCCAGAGCCUCGACGGGCGAGGACGCCCGGGCAGAGGCCCCCGGCAGGGAGGGAACAAGGAACGCGGCGGGGGCGUUUUGGACGAUGCCGCCGAGAGGGCCAAGGCCGAGAAGAGAGCUGCCAGGUUUGCAGCUGCCUAG